UGUUAUUCCAUUUGUAAACACUACAAUUAACUUGGUUAGCCUGCCUUUACCUUAAAGAGAAGGAGAGUAUUCACUGCAGGACGCUUCUGGGCAACUUUAUCCUCCUGGGAACCCAGGGAGAGAGUAACAGGUUUCAGAUUAAGGGGAGACUGAGCAAAGCAAAUCCAAAGGAAUUACUUCAGAAAUGUGUCAAAGAACAUUGGAAAUGCAACACAGCGGUAAAUGAGGAGGGAAGGAAGAAAGAAAAAGGACAAGAAUGGUUAAUUGGAAGGGCACGAAACAGCCAAUCAGAACUGCAUGUACCAAAAGGAUGAUGAUGGAUUCUGGAGAAAAUGUAAGUUAAAUAUAUCUCCACUUUGGUCAGAUCUCAAGAGACAUUUUCUCAUUUCCUGGUUUUGAAUAAUGGGCUCUUGGAAGCAUUGUCUUUUUAGUGUGUCUCUUAUCACUGCCCUGAUUUUUGUAUUUGUUUACAAUAACAAGUUAUGGGAGAAGAAACGUUUUCUGAGGGCAUCUCUUUCCAAUGCUUCGGUGUUAGCAGAAUGCUGUCAUCAGAUUUUUCAGGGGAAGGUUUUUUACUCAACAGAGAAUGCAUUGAAAACUACCAUCAGCGAAUCUACCUGUUAUGAAUACAUGGCUCAAAAUCACUAUAUAACACAAACACUCUCUGAAGAAGAGGCUGGGUUCCCUUUGGCUUACACAAUGACCAUCCACAAAGACUUUAGCACUUUUGAGAGACUCUUCAGGGCAGUAUACAUGCCCCAGAAUGUCUACUGCGUGCAUGUGGAUGAAAAAGCACCAACUGAAUUUAAAGAGGCAGUGGAGCAAUUACUGAGCUGCUUCCCAAAUGCAUUUCUGGCUUCCAAGAUGGAGACAGUUGUCUAUGGUGGGAUUUCCAGGCUCCAGGCCGACCUGAACUGCAUCAAAGAUCUUGUGACCUCAGAGAUCCCAUGGAAGUAUGCCAUCAACACGUGUGGGCAAGAUUUCCCCUUGAAAACCAACAAGGAAAUAGUUCAGUACCUGAAAGGAUUUAAAGGGAAAAACAUUACCCCAGGGGUGCUGCCUCCAGCUCAUGCAAUAGAUCGGACCAAAUACGUCCACCAAGAAAUAGUACGCGCCCAAAAUUCCCACAUGAUUAAAACAACAAAAUUGAAAACUUCUCCUCCUCACAACAUGACCAUUUACUUUGGCACUGCCUACGUGGCCCUCACAAGGGAGUUCACUAACUUUGUCCUCCAAGACCAGCGUGCACUUGACUUACUGUCCUGGUCCAAGGACACCUACAGUCCUGAUGAACAUUUCUGGGUGACACUCAAUAGGAUUCCUGGCAAAACACCUUUCCUGUGGAGAAACAAACUAAUGAUAUAUGAGAAGUCUUCUUGCAAAGAAUACCUGACCCAAAGCCACUAUAUCAUGGCCCCCUUAUCUAAAGAAGAAGUUGAAUUUCCUUUGGCGUAUAUAAUGGUCAUCCAUCACAAUUUUGAUACAUUUGCAAGGCUCUUCAGGGCAAUUUACAUGCCCCAGAAUGUCUACUGCGUGCAUGUGGAUGAAAAAGCAACAGUUGAAUUUAAAGAGGCAGUGGAGCAAUUACUGAGCUGCUUCCCAAAUGCAUUUCUGGCUUCCAAGAUGGAGCCAGUUGUCUAUGGUGGGAUUUCCAGGCUCCAGGCCGACCUGAACUGCAUCAAAGAUCUUGUGGCCUCGGAGAUCCCAUGGAAGUACGUCAUCAACACCUGUGGGCAAGACUUCCCCUUGAAAACCAACAAGGAAAUAGUUCAGUACCUGAAAGGAUUUAAAGGGAAAAACAUUACCCCAGGGGUGCUGCCUCCAGCUCACGCAAUAGGUCGGACCAAAUACGUCCAUCGCGAGCACCUGGGCAAAGAGCUUUCCUACGUGAUCAGAACCACAACUCUGAAGCCGCCUCCUCCCCACAAUCUCACCAUUUACUUUGGCUCUGCCUAUGUUGCUCUAUCAAGAGAGUUUACCAACUUUGUUCUCCAGGACCCACGGGCUGUUGAUUUGCUCCAGUGGUCCAAAGACACUUUCAGUCCUGAUGAACAUUUCUGGGUGACGCUCAACAGGAUCCCAGGUGUACCUGGCGCCAUGCCAAAUGCAUCAUGGACUGGUAACCUCAGAGCUAUAAAGUGGAUUGACAUGGAAGAUAAACACGGAGGCUGCCAUGGCCACUACGUACAUGGCAUUUGUAUCUAUGGAAACGGAGAUUUAAAGUGGUUGAUUAAUUCGCCAAGCCUUUUUGCUAACAAAUUUGAGCUUGCUACGUACCCCCUUACUGUGGAAUGCCUAGAACUAAGACUCCGAGAAAGGACCCUAAAUCAGAGUGAAACUGCAAUACAGCCCAGUUGGUAUUUUUGAUCUACUGCAACUCAUGACUGAAGGAACAUAGCAGUUGGGAAGAAGAGCCUUUCUUCAUGACAGAACUUUACCUGGAUAACGGCUUCAGGCCUGAGGUGACGGCUUCAGGACCUGGCUACACUAUUGUAUGUUAAAAAAUCCACUGGACACUGUGAAGUACAUUACCAGGAGGCUGCACAGAGCAAUCCUAGCACUUUGGCCAUUCUGGACAUUUCCUGAUGCUCACCUCUGUCAGUGUGUUCUUCUGAUCAAUGGUUUAAGUUUAACUGUCGCCAGAUCUUUGCGCUAGAUACUCAUUAUAUAUAAAUGUUCAAAUGAAAAGGAGAAUUAUAGAUAAUGUGAUUUACGAAAAGAAGAACUGGGUUUCUUCGAAGAGGGAAUCUCGUAUAACAGAUCUAUAGCCAUAUAUUCAUGGACACCACUCUUCUUGGCUCAACCGCACAGACAUGCAAGCCGCUUUCUGGGUAACUCAUCAGUCUAGUCUCCUUUAAAACUUGAGCUGCUAGAACUGAGAACUAGAUCUUGUUCCUGAGUUUCAACACUAACCUUUUCAAUUUACUCGUCUGAAGUCUAUAUAGAAUACACAGGGUGUGCUUGAAGACAGCAGUCACUGCCUGCUGCUUCAGUAAAAAGGACCCCGGGGAAACAGAAUGUUUCUCGAUUAUGUCUGAUGUGCUCUGAUCCCUCUUCCAUCAUUUUUCAUCGAGAACACUGAAAAGUUCUCUCAGAAGGAAGGGAUUCCUAGAAGAGGUGGUAUUGCAUGGAUCUAGUCUCAAGUCUCUAACACCUCAGAAUGGAUCACUUUCCUCUUCUGUCACCACCCUCCACCCCAACCAAAGUUAUCUUGCUUGCAAAAUGGAGACCAAAUUCUAUCGUGUGAGGCUUUUCACAACUCCAUAAUGCUCUCGAGUGGCUUGAUUAAUGCCUGGUGCUGAUAAGAAUGCCUAGAUUUUUAAGAGCUUUCAAUUGUGGCUGAGCAUCUCUGUCCUCACCCUUUGUCCAUUCACUCAUCCAAUUCAUUCAGUAUGCGUCAAUAAAUAUUUCUCGAGUAUCUGUUAAACAUGAGACACGUGCUGAGAAAAGCAGGAAAAGUAAGACGGAUUUUUGUACUCUAAAAAUCUUGGUAAUGAUGUUAACAUUGGAAAGGCUGCUCUAGAGAACCUUAGAGAUUGGUUAUACUUUAAUACAUUUACAUGCAGGAUUGUAGAUUGUGAUAUCGGACCAGGGAUCUCAGUAAUCACAAGCUGAGGUUAAAAUCAGAGAUUAUCCUAGAGAGAGAAGGGAAGGAGGAGACAGAAGCUAAAGCCUGUUGUGUUCUAGGCAUUCUGCUAGCUCACUACAUUUAAACUUCACGAUACUCAUGAGCCUCAUUAUUAUUCCCAUUUUGCAAAUGAAGUAAGUGGGGCUAGAGAGGCUGUUACUAAGCAUUAGGAAAGAAGUUCUCCGUCUGACAAUUGGCAUUCUCCUGCUGGUCUCCGUUCAUUUCCUGAGGUGGAAUAUUAGAGAAGGUGAAAUAAAGUCAUUUUUAGCCUACCCGAGAAAUUGGGUUUUAAGAAUGGUCUGUGUCAAUACUGAGCAAAAGUCCUGUCACCUCAGCAAAAUGUGAAGUCUACUUUUGUAUUCCUCUGAUCCACUGAGUCCCUUAAUAUUUAUUUAUUCAAAUGAAAAACAGUUACUAUAACGAAUGAUGCGUUUAAUGAACACAUUCUUUUCUUUUUUUCUGUAAUUGUGCCUGGUGAAUGUUAAUCAUAUUUAAAGGGAAUGACUUUGAAAUAAAGCUGGGUGUUUUUUUUUUCUGCUACUGAAAAAGAUGGAACUGUAUCGGGUGGUAAAGGGCUCGGGGGGAGGGGACCCACCAAGAGCUCAUGGCAGAGUCUAAAAAUGGCCAUUUUUCAACUUAUUUGAAUGACGCCACCUGUGAAGAAGAAAUGUUUUACACUGGAUCUUUCGCAUGUAGAAUGGGAAACCUUUUGGAAUAGAAGAUGUUUACAUGUCCAUUGCUGGUCAUCCCUCCUAUGUCUUUAAUACUUUAAUAUUGGAAGAGUAGUGUUUGGGCUAGUGGGUUUUAGCUAGCCCAUGGAGCUGUCCCGAAACUACUGAAUCUAUCUUUGUUUUCCAUGAUGUUCCAUGUUGUUUUCUUGGAAAUAAAUUAAUAUAUUGUUUUCCA